AUGCUUCCACAAGAGAAUUCAGGGGAAAAUGAAGAUGAAUUUGAUUCUGCUCUCCGGGUGCUUGACAGACAUUUCCAACCCAAACUGAACGUGGUUGCUGAGAGAUACAAAUUUUGCAGACGUUCACAGUUGCCAGGGGAAUCCGUCGAUGAUUACAUCCGAGAGCUACGUGCCUUAGCAUCAUCCUGUAACUCUGGUAAAAUGACGGAUGAGCUGAUCAGGGAUCAUUUCAUUGAGCGCACAUACUCUGCUCAGAUUCGAGAGCGCCUACUGCUCGAACAAGAUUUGACACUUACUGAUGCAAUUACAAUUUCGCGUCAAGUCGAGUCGGCAUUGCGUGAAUCCCAGAUCUUCGGGGAGAAUUCAUGCCAUACCCCACAGGCAGAUGUACAUGCAGUUACACACCAAAAACCCCGACAGCAAAAUCGCAAACCACGUAUGCAUCGCAACACUGCAGAGCACCCUCCGCAACAAUCAAGACCAGCACCGCUGCAGUCACAGAUUUGCUACCGCUGUGGUGAACAAUCGCACAAAGCAAAUGAUCCAAACUGCAAAGCCAAGUACGCUACAUGUUCUAAAUGUGGAAAAAUAGGGCAUUACGCACGUGUUUGCCGGCCUGGACAGAGAUUUCAAUCUACACACAAUCAGGUUCAGGGAGUUUUCACCAGUGAUAAUCCCGUUGCACCUCAUCCAGACUAUCAAGACUCCAACGUCUUGACCAUUCAGCACAUUGCACAUGCUGAUAGUGUCAAAUGCUCCGUGCUCCUUGGUCAAUCCGUGCAACUCGCGAUGACUGUUGAUACUGGCGCCGCUGUGUCAGUAAUUCCUGCAUCCACAUUCGGAAAGUUCUUCGCACGUGAGGCAUUGCAACCUACAACAGCUAAACUCACUACUUACCUGCACGAACCGAUUACAGUACUUGGUACAUUCCACACCACUGUUCGUCUUGCAAGUAAUCCUGAGCGUUGUGUCCCUGCGCACAUUUUCGUCGUACAGUCUGGCAUCGCUAUCAUGGGACUAGACUUGAUCCGACGCCUGGAUAUUACAAUCACAGGUGGUAAGGUCUUGCUCGUGAAUGGCAACGACUCGAAACCUCCAUCGUCAACUCCUACAGCUCCGACUGCAACUACUCCAUCCGACCAAACUUCAAUGGACAUGCGCAAACAAUACCCCGAGCUCUUCAAUGAGAAAGUUGGACUUGCUAAAAACUACAUACACAAAGUCAAAGUACGCCCAUCCGUCCCUCCAAUGCAGCAAAAACUCCGAAAUUUGCCAUUUUCGGUACGCGGCGAAGUGGCAAAUGAACUGAAACGUCUCGAAGAUAAGUAUCCACUUCCAAACAUUCAAGAACUACUAGGGGAACUCCAUGGAGCCAGUGUUUUUAGCUCCCUUGACAUGAAUUCCGCGUACCAUCAACUACGACUACAUGAAGAUUCGUGUGAUCUCACAGCCUUCAUUACACAUGUUGGUUUGUUCCGCUUCAAGCGCGUCUGUUUUGGAUUGGCAUCUGCACCGUCGGCUUUCCAAAAAUUCAUGUCGUGUGCUCUAAGUGGUCUUGCUGGAGUACAAUGUUACCUUGACGACAUUGUCAUCUUCGGUUGCGAUCAAAAGGACCAUGAUGCCAAUCUCUCCGCAGUGCUGAACCGCCUUACAGAACUAGGUCUCACGCUGAACUGCGGCCACUUCAGUUUGUCAAACCUCCGCUUCCUGGGCCAUACCGUUUCGUCCGAAGACCUUACUCCAGAUCCAACACACGUAGAGGCUCUACUAAAUGCUCAAAAACCUACCAAUCCAUCUACACUUCGAUUCUUCAUGGGACUUGCGUCAUACUACGCCAGAUCUGUGCCAAAUUACGCAACCAUGGUUGAACCACUCCGCGCACUCCUUCGCAAGGACACUCAGUUCAUUUGGUCUGAGGAUGCUCAAUCGUGCCUCGAGUUACUCAAAAAGCACAUUUCCAAUGAUACUGCACUUGCGCUGUUUGACCCCGAACUUCCUUCCAUCGUAUCUACUGAUGCUUCAGCUUACGGCAUCGGUGCUGUACUCGCACAGAUUAAGAACAAUCACGAAGUUCCUAUCGCGUUUGCUUCUCGCUCUCUUACAACUACGGAACGCAAAUACUCAGUCAGCGAACGGGAAGCACUUGCAUGCGUGUGGGCAUGUGAGAAAUGGUACAAGUACUUAUGGGGCCGUCAGUUUAUACUCUUCGAACUGAUCAUCAAGCUCUAA